AUGCAAUUCUUAAAAAAUUUAAAUAUGAAUAAUUCUUUUCAACCUCAGCCAGCUUAUGGGCGGCCUCAGACUACAAAUCCUUUUACAAAUUCCUUUACACCUGCAGGCCAGCAGCCAUUCCAGCCAAAUUAUGCGGCUCAAACUCCUUCUCAGUAUCAAAUCGGAAAUCCUCAGCCAAGCCCAUUUGGACAAGGUAUGGCUCAGAAUAAUCCUUUUGGAGGCAGCAGGCCAGGGCAACCUAACCCUUUUGUGGGGAAUCCUCCACAAAGUUCUUUUAAUACAGGUAUGAAUACUUCUAUUGGGAUGCCUAGCUACAAUACUUUACAAAGCUCUAUCCAAACUCCAAAUAAACCAUUUACAACUGGCACAGGGCAUAUGUCUCCAAGCCCAUUCACAGUGACUAAGCCUCCUACACAAGUUCCUUCUAUUUCUACUAAUCCUUUUGCUCAAGGUCCAAAUCAAAGUUUAGCCCCGCCAUCUACAGUUAACCCUUUUCAGUCAGUCCAGCCUCCAACAACCCAGUCUCCUUUUCAAGCUCCUCCUCCUGUGCAAUCUCCUUUCCAAGCUUCUCAGCCGUCUCCUUUUCAAGUUCCAUCUACAACUACCCAGCCUCCUUUUUCUGUGCCUCAAAUGACUUCUUCUGCUUUCCCUUCUACUUCUCAGCAAGCUUUCCCUCAAGUGUCUUCUACCCAGCCCAAGCCUCCCCAAUCCUCCUCAGCUGGCUUUUUUAUGAAUCCAUCAGGGUUUUCUGCCACUUCUACCGCCCCACAAGUAACUCUCCCUUCUACAGCCCCUCAAACUUCUACUCAAGACAGCUCAAAAAUAUCGAAAGAGCUAGAAGACAGCAAAAAGCAGAUUUUAACUCCCCCCAUGAACGAGCGGCAAAUUUCAUCUUUAGAGGUGCUAGUAUUUUUUUAAAAAAAUUAUAUUAUAUGUGAAUUUGCUUAUAGCAAAAUUUUAAAAAAAUCCCAAUUAGAAGAAAUUGAAAAGUAAAAAUUAAUUUAAUUUGUAAAUUUUGAGAAGCAAGCAGUCAGAUUAAACAGAGUUAGCUAGAUUUCAUUAUUAAAAUUAAUACUUAUAUUUUAAAUAUGUUUUAUAAAAAUUUUUAUGCUUUCAGGGUUUUUUUGUUUUUUUAAAAAAGUUUUUUCAAUGGUUUUGUUCUCUUACGGAGGGGGAUUAAGCAAAAGAAGAAUUCAAGACUUAUUCCAGGACUGGAAAACUGAGCUCGACAGUCAAGCACUUGCAUUUAGAGAAGUCACUGAAAAAUCCAUUGGCAUUGAAAAAUCAGCUUAUGAUUGCCAAAAAGAAAUAAUCACACUGAGAGAUGUAUUAGAUAAGGUAAAAAGCGAUAGUAAGCUAGCUAAUGAAACGAUGGACUUGAUUACUGCUGAACAAAACGACUUGUCAGGAGCUUUAGAUGUAAUUGAUAAAGAGCUGGAAAAAAUCCUGACACAAAUGAAUAUAGGUGGAUUUUUUGGAAAAGGACUAAGGCAUGAUGAUAAGGAAAAUAUGGUUAAAAUAUUUAAUAUCUAUGAAUAGCUAAGGCAUAUAUAUCUUAUUUUAUAUAAAAAAAUAAGAAAAUAGAAAUAUUUUUAUCAGAAAAAUUCAAUUAAUAGGAGAUAUUUAUAAGGCAGCAGACUCAGUGAAGCUAAAUAUAAGUGACCUUGAAAAAAAUAUGCAAAAAAUCACGAAAAGUGUAAAUGAUACAUUUGAGACUGAGCAGGAAAAUGGACUGGAUUUAGAAACAAUUUUAGACACGUAUUUAGAAGCUUUGGACUGGAUUGAAGUAAACGCAGUCAAUUUAAACUCAAAAAUUGAGAAUUUAGAACACGAAUACCAUUUAAGACCAUCUGUAUAA